AUGAACCCUCACUCGUUCUUGGGCCUAUUGGCCUCAUGCCUCUUGCUGCUGUUCUCCGCUGCCGCCGUCGUCGUCGCGGUUCCCAUCGCCAUCGACACGUCCGCCGACGUCCACACGUACUUCGACCUCGACGGCGCCGCCCACGGCGAAAAGUUCAAGUCCCUGACGGCCGAUGGCUACCGGAUCAUCUCCCUGAGCGUCUACGGUACGCCGCCAAACGCCAACUAUGCCGCCGUCUGGGUCCGGCGGGAAGGGCCUGCGUUCGAGGCGAUCCACGGCGCGGACGAGGCGGCGUACGACACCUGGCUCGAUUCGUGGAGGAACCGGGGCUACGUUUCGACACACAUCUCCGCCACGGGGCCGGCCCGCAACGCCGUCUUCGCCGGCGUCGUCGAGCAGAGGACCGACAUCGCCAGCUGGGAGCAGCGUUGCGGCCUGACGGACCCAAUGACCUAUGACAACGCGACAUCCGGCGUCGACAUGGUCGUCAGGGACUUUCGCAUGUACGGCAGGCCGGGCGACCGUCGGUACUGCGUUCUCGGGCACGAGAACGUCGGGAACCAGCUCUCCACCAUCUUCUACUCAGCCGGCGACGACGCCCUCGUCGACUACGCCGCCGUCUACGCGUCCGAGACGGCGAAGCGCUUCUGGCGGCCCUCGCGCCUCUUUGUCUCGGACGACCACGUCAUCACGCCCCAGUUCGUCGACACGUCCGUCGGGAAAUGGAUCGCCCUGUACGGCCUCACGGCCGCGGAGCUCUCUGCGCAGAUCGAGACCCAGAAGCAGCAGGGCCUGCACCCGAUCGACCUUCACGGAGGCAGCGGCGGCGUCUCUGGCAGCGACACGCGCUUUACCGUCAUCUUCGCCGAGACCGACGUCCCCGAGGCGCGCAAAUGGACGGCGACGGGCUCGGUCACAGGAUUCGGGGACAACACCGGCGUCACGACGGCCCUGGACGGCGCCAUGCAGGUAUGGAUGAGGAAAAACGGCGUGCGCCAGGCGCAGCUUGCCAUCGCGCGCAACGGGUCGACCGUCGCCGAGCGCGGCUACACCUGGGCCGAGGGCGACCGCGCCGUCGUCGAGCCGGACGACGUGUUCCUCCUCGCCAGCGUCAGCAAGCUCUUCCUACACGCGGCCGUAUCCCACCUCGUUGGGGCCGGCAGGCUGAACUACUCGACCGCCAUCUACCCUCUGCUGGGCUACAAGCCCGCCGACGCCCGCGCCAACGACAUCACCGUUGAUCAUCUCCUCCAGCACACCGCGGGCUACAGCCGCGAGCGGUCCGGGGACCCGGCCUUCCAGUUCAGGAACGUCUCGCUUGGCCUGCUCAACGGCGCCCGCGCCGCCACUCUCGCCGACGUGAUCGAGUACCAGGUCGCGCGCCCGCUAGACUUCGCCCCUGGCUCAGACUACUCCUACUCCAACUACGGCACCAUGCUCCUGAGCCACCUCGUCAGCAACCUCACGGCGGUCCCCUACAUGACCUUCCUCCGGGACGCUAUCCUCGGCGACAGCUACGACGUGCGGCUCUACGAGACGGCCGCAUCGGUCCACGAGGCCGACCGCAUCGUCCAGGAGAGCAGGUUCACCGGCCGCGAACCGACGGACCCGGGAUCCGACCGCCUCGUGCCAGGACCCCACGGCGGCGACGGCGCCAUCAAGGAGGAGUGCGCGGGGGCCUUCUCGCUCGCGGCGAGCGCGUCCACGGUGGCGCGCUUCAUCGGCGCCCACGCCGUCGCCGGUAUGGGGGGUCGGAUACCGAACGCCGAGCGCGACGGCACUCUCGUCGGCGCGCGGGCGUCCGCGGCGAGCCGGUCCGACGUCGACUGGGCGCUGAUGCUCAACACAAGGGAGUUCAUCUCCGAGGCGGAGUUCGACGACCUGCGCUUCCAGAAGAUCCCCUCCGUCCUGGAUGGGUUUCCUGUGGCGCCGUAG